AUGUCCAAUCUCUUUUCGGGAAUCAACGCUCGUUUUCGAGGUGGCUCUAACAAACCGCCUGCAAACCAACCCGGCACAAACCUCGCUCCCAAAGUCCCACCCCUGCCAAACUCUCCGUCGCUCGCCCAGACCAUCGGCAUGGACGAAUCCAGCGGCGCCAUUGCCAGCGGCGACGACAUCAUCAGCUCGUACCACCUGCCUCGGCCCCUUCCCCUCUGGGUCAAUGGCCACUACACCAAGCACAUUGUCAGAGGCAACUUCAUGACUCUCAGCGCCCGGCCCAAGACGGUAGAGCAGGGCGAGUGGAUCGCCCACCAGAUCGUCGAGCACUACCGCAACUUGUGGAACUUUGUUCGCGUUGUGCACGAAAAGGAAGACGACGGAACGACAAUCUGCAACUCGUCGACCUGCCCGCGCAUGUCCGCCGGAUCGAACCACUCCUUCACCUGGCUCAAUCGCCAGCGCGAACCGGUGGAACUGCCCGCCCACGAGUACAUGACGUUGAUGCAGCGAUGGAUCUCGGGCAAAAUCGAUGACACCAACAUCUUCCCAACCGAUGCAUCGGCCGUCUCUUACGCCCACAACCCCGCAAUAACCACCACGCCCCUGGCGCAGCUCUCCAGCCCGGGAGAGCCCGAGUGGAUGGGAAAGCGAUCCGGCUUCCCGGAAAAGUUUGGUGAAGUCUGCCAAUUGAUCUUUCGCCAGAUGUUCCGCGUCUACGCUCACCUCUACUGGGCCCACUUCACCGACCCCUUCUACCACCUCAACCUCGAGAAGCAGCUCAACAGUUGCUUCUCUCACUUCAUUCUGACGGCCACUGCCCUCGACAUGCUGAGGCCGCAAGAGCUCGAGCCAAUGCAACCGCUCCUCGACAUAUGGGCGGCAAACGGCACCUUUCCUCCAGAGUCAAAGGCCUACGAGUACGCCAAUCUCCGCGCCGGUGAACGCCUCUUGGAGCUGGCUGGCAUCCAGUCGGAGACGCGGUAA